AUGGCAUCAGAAAAUAAGUCGAAUUCAGACAAAUUCACAGUGCAAGGAUUUACAGACUUGUCAGAGCUUCAGUUUCCUGUUUUCAUGUUUUUUUUAUUUAUAUAUCUCAUCAUUGUCUUGAGUAAUGUCACUGUUUUUGCAUCAAUAGCUUUGAACUCUCAUUUACACACUCCUAUGUACAUUUUCUUGUGUAACCUAUCAGUCAUUGAUAUCGCUUACACCUCAACCAUUCUACCCAAGCUGUUGGCCAUGCUCUUCACUCAGUGUAAGACCAUAUCCUUUCUAGAGUGCUUUAUUCAAGUCUAUUUUUUCAUAGCCUUUGCUUGUACAGAAGUCUUACUAUUGGCCGCUAUGGCUUAUGAUCGCUAUAUAGCAAUCUGUCAUCCUCUUCGUUACUCAAUACUUAUGAGUCAACAGCGAUGUGCUCACUUAGCAACCGCAGUGUGGAUCACAAGUUUGUUUGAUCCUGUUAUACACACUUCUUUAAUUACUAACUUGUCCUUCUGUUCAUCGCACAACAUUGACCACUUUUUCUGUGAUGCUACCCCACUGCUUAAGAUUACCUGCAGUGAUACUUUUACCAUUGAGAUUUGGACCUACAUUAAUGGAACUCUACUAGUUAUCAGUGCGUUGAUAUUUACUUUGGUAUCAUACGUCUUUAUUAUCACUGCCAUCCUAAAUAUUCAGUCAGCAGUUGGUCGACAAAAAGCCUUUUCUACCUGUGCUUCCCACAUGACCUGUGUUAUCAUCUUUUAUGGAACAAUAAUCAGUGUGUAUAUCAGACCAACAUCUACAUAUUCUCCACAGCAGGACAAGUUUUUUGCUCUUUUAUACGUUGUAUGUAUUCCAAUGCUGAACCCCAUUAUUUACACCCUGAAGAAUAAAGACUUUCAUCAUGUCUUCAAAAAGUUGAAUCAAAAAUUCCAUUAA